UUCCAUAAUUUCCUAGAAUUUAUCUCGUCCAUUUUGUACGCCAUUUUGAAUGUUCUUUUCUGAUUCCUGUUCGUUAGUCGCACACGUGAUCAUUUACAAUGUCGUCCCAUUUGAAUUGGAUGAUUAUUCGCAAUAAUAAUGCAUUUCUUCUAAAGAAACGCAACAUUAAUAAGCCGUUUUCUACGGAAUCCAAUAAUUUGACUAAUUUGAGUAGUUAUCGUUACUCGGGCUUGAUUCAUAGGAAAAGUGUUGGUAUUGUUGAUACGCCUGACAAAAAAGGAUUUACUGUAGUGUAUAAAAAAGCUAAAGCUAUGAACAAGCCUGCAAAAGCUACAGUUAGAUGUACAAUGAAAGCUGGAGCUCGUCGUUCUUUGUACAAAUUGAAAAGAUUGCUUACAAAGAACAAAUAUCGUGUAAAUCUUACAAAGGUUGCACUACGUCGUGCUAGUGCUGUAUUACGUUCUCAAAAGCCUUUACCUGCUAAGAAGACCCGUACAACUAAGAAGGCUGAUUAAUUUGUGUACUAAUAAAUAUUUUAAUCUAAAUUUAUGGAUUUAUGGACAUACUAUAAAGAAGAUUUAUUAAUUUAUCAUUUUUAUUUAAGACUUAGUACAUGUACAUUGGAAAGUCAUUUUUAUAUAGAUUUAAAUACGAAUAUAAUUGGUCAUUUGCAAUAUUUCAACCCAGUUUAAAUAAUCAUUGGUCACUUUGCAGUAUUUGAAUUCAGUUUAAAUGUCAUUGGUCACUUUGCAGUAUUUGAAUUCAAUGGGAUCUAAAGACAAAGUUAAAUUAACAAGAAAGGUUAACGAUCGUGCAAGGACAACGGAUAUUUUUAGCUUGGUAUUGAAAAA